AUGUCCUCCUCACAAUCCACCUCGCAACUAAAACGCAAGCAACAAACUAUUUCUAGCUUCUUUUCCAAGAAGCCCGUCGCCCCGAAUGGUUCUACGACUACCACUCCGAAAGAUGGUCAUGUCAAGAAGACAAUUGGACAUGCUCGGGUUCACGAGGCGCCGAGCAGUGAGAUGGAUGUGGUGGAUGGGGCCCAUGAUGCUGCAGUAAGACCGGACGAGGAAGGUGAUGAUGAUUAUCAGAUUAUUCUUCCAUCGAGGAAGCGUAUCAGGAGUAACGGGGAGGUUUCGACUUUGCAAAGGGGAACACUCGCAGAUAUCGAUAAUGGACAUAGCAGCAAGGGGGAAAACGAGCUGCAGACGGGGAUAAUGGGUAGUUCUGAUUCUGACAGAGCUGAACAGCCUGUGAAAAUUAAAUCUGGAUCUUCGCGGACCGAAAAGUUUCGGUUCUCUAGUUCCUCUCUACCUUCAUCUAGUGAUCCGAAGGGGAAUGGAGGCUGUGACGUUCUGUAUGCCAUUUCUGCGGACGGUGAUGCAUCUGAAGACGGCGAUGAGGAACAGAAAAGAAAACAAGCUUUGCACCAGAAAUUUGUGAAGAGGUUAGGCGGGCCAGAUUGUCUUCCGUUUUCGGUGAGCCGAGUCGACGCGGGCGAUGCUGAAGAGGCGGAGGGCGCUGAGAGUGAUGCUGAGGCUGAGGCUGAGAUUGUGCCGGUUCCUCAAAAGGGGAGGGGAGGAAAGAAGACCACGACGGGGAAGUUGACGCCGAUGGAGAGACAGAUUAUCGACAUUAAGAAAAAGCAUAUGGAUACACUUCUAGUUGUGGAGGUUGGGUAUAAGUUUCGUUUCUUUGGCGAGGAUGCGCGUGUUGCGGCGAAAGAGUUGAGUAUUGUGUGCAUCCCUGGAAAGCUCAGGUUUGAUGAACAUCCAUCGGAAGCUCAUUUGUCUCGUUUUGCCUCUGCUAGUAUUCCCGUGCAUAGAUUACAUGUCCAUGUCAAGCGCUUGGUUGAAGCGGGCUACAAAGUAGGCGUGGUUAGGCAACUUGAGACUGCCGCAUUGAAGGCUGCCGGUGAAAAUAGAAAUGCACCUUUCGUUCGCAAGCUUACGAAUCUCUAUACGAAAGGGACUUAUAUUGAUGAUGUGGAAGGGCUCGAGGAAUCUAGCGGCAACUCAGGCAGCGCGUCUACUUCCACGGGUUAUUUGCUUUGCAUGGCCGAAAGUAACGCCAAAGGCUGGGGCAAUGAUGAAAAGGUCCAUGUUGGAAUUGUGGCUGUCCAGCCGGCCACUGGAGAUGUUAUUUACGACGACUUCGAGGAUGGAUUUAUGAGGAGCGAAAUUGAAAUGCGCUUGCUCCACAUUGCCCCAUGUGAAUUUUUGAUAGUGGGCGAAAUGUCUAAAGCUACAGAGAAACUUGUGCAGCAUCUAUCUGGAAGUCGGAUGAACGCCAAGGGGACAACUGGAGAUGUUGCGGCAAGCAAUCUACUAGAAAAGGUUCUGACACUGCCGGAGGAUGUCACUAUAUGCCUUUCCUCAAUGAUCAAGCACAUGUCUGAAUUCGGGCUGGAGUAUGUAUUUGACUUGACGAAGUACUUCCAACCGUUCUCGGCGAGAUCACACAUGCUGCUGAACGGAAACACGUUGACCAACUUGGAGAUAUAUCAGAAUCAAACAGACCAUACGUCGAAGGGAAGUUUGUUUUGGACUCUCGAUCGCACAAAAACCCGAUUUGGACAGCGUUUAUUGCGUAAGUGGGUUGGAAGGCCUUUGCUCGAUAAAACGGAAUUGGAGGAGCGUGUUUCUGCGGUUGAGGAAUUACAAGACCCCAGCAAGACAGUGCAAAUUGAGCGGUUGAAAGGCCUUUUGUCAAAAAUAAGGGCGGAUCUAGAAAAGAGCUUGAUACGUAUAUACUAUGGAAGGUGCACACGACCCGAACUUCUCACAGUCCUACAAACGCUUCAGUUGAUUGCAGAUGAGUAUGUGCAUCUUAAAUCACCAGCAGAUUUAGGCUUUUCAUCUCCAACAAUCACCACAGCCAUUGCAGCUCUGCCGGCGAUACGCGAUGAUGUUGUUACAUACCUCAACAAGAUAAACGAAGAGGCCGCCAAAAAGGAUGACAAAUACUGUUUCUUCCGGGAAGUAGAAGAGACGGACGAAAUUACUGAAUCUAACCUUGGAAUCGCUGAUGUACAGCACAGACUGCAGGAGCACUGUGCCGUUGCAGCGGAGAUUCUGGGCAAGAAAAAAGUGCAAUACACGACGGUGGCAGGGAUCGAAUACUUAAUCGAGGUAGAGAAUAGCCCCUAUAACCUUAAAAAGGUACCAGCCUCAUGGCGGAAGAUUAGUGGCACAAAGAAAGUCUCCCGAUUCCACACACCUGAAGUGGUCCAGUACAUGCGAGAACGCGAUCAGUACAAGGAGGCCCUGGCUGCCGCUUGUGACAAAGCAUUCCACGCGCUCCUGGCCGACAUAUCAACGAAAUAUCAAUCAUUCCGUGAUUGCAUCCUCGCUCUAGCAACGCUGGAUUGUCUCCUAUCGUUAGCCAACAUAGCAAGCCAGCCCGGUUACAUCAAGCCUGCAUACACGGACAAAACACGCAUCAGCGUCCAGCGCGGCCGUCACCCCAUGGUUGAGCAGCUUCUGUUGGACACCUACGUACCAAACGACAUAGAGUUGCAUACUGACGAGACGCGUGCCCUUCUGGUAACGGGUCCCAACAUGGGCGGAAAGUCCAGCUAUGUGCGUCAGGUAGCUCUAAUCUCCAUCAUGGGCCAGAUCGGCUCGUACGUCCCCGCCGACUCUGCGACGCUAGGCAUGCUUGACGCCGUCUACACGCGUAUGGGGGCCUUUGACAACAUGUUGGCGGGUGAGUCAACAUUUAUGGUCGAGCUAUCUGAAACGGCCGACAUUCUCAAGCAAGCCACUCCGCGUUCACUCGUUAUUCUCGACGAGCUGGGCCGUGGCACCUCGACGCACGACGGUGUAGCCAUCGCGCAGGCCGUGCUGGACUAUAUGGUACGAAACCUUCGGAGCCUCACGUUGUUUAUCACGCAUUAUCAGAACUUGAGUAGUAUGGCUCGUGAAUUUCCCAAGGGUGAGUUGCGCAAUGUGCAUAUGAAGUUCACUGAGUCGGGGAUGGAUGGGCAGGAUAUUACUUUCCUUUACGAGGUUGGGGAGGGCGUGGCACACCGUUCUUACGGCUUGAAUGUAGCUAGGUUAGCUAAUGUGCCAGAUUCGGUGCUGGAGGUUGCAAGGGCAAAAUCUGCCGAGUUAGAGGAGAAGAUUAGGAAGAAGAAGAUGCUAGCGUUAGCUAAAGUAGCUAAGGGGUUUAUAAAUACUGAUGGAGACGCUGGAGGGCCUGCCCCUGCACUUUUAGAAAGGGUGAUGGUAGGGCUGGAGCAGCUUUGA